AUGGCACAACCUGCGAGCGGUCAGAAACCGAUGGUCCAGCCAUGCCGAUACAAGACGGGCAAGACCCUCGGCGCAGGCUCGUAUUCCGUGGUCAAGGAGUGUGUACACAUCGACACCGGUCGCUACUAUGCUGCGAAGGUGAUCAACAAGCGCCUGAUGGCAGGGCGCGAGCACAUGGUCCGAAACGAGAUCGCCGUGUUGAAAAGAGUGUCGAUGGGCCACCAGAACAUCCUUACGCUGGUGGACUACUUCGAGACCAUGAACAACUUGUAUCUUGUCACCGACCUUGCUCUGGGUGGAGAGCUUUUCGAUCGCAUCUGUCGCAAAGGCAGCUAUUACGAGUCCGAUGCUGCCGACCUGAUCCGUGCCGUACUCUCUGCGGUGGCAUAUCUCCAUGACCACGGCAUCGUGCACCGCGACCUGAAGCCCGAGAACCUGCUCUUCCGCACUCCGGAGGAUAACGCAGACCUUCUGAUUGCCGACUUCGGCUUAUCCAGGAUCAUGGACGAGGAGCAGUUCCACGUGCUGACUACAACCUGCGGGACACCGGGAUACAUGGCACCGGAGAUUUUCAAGAAGAGCGGGCAUGGAAAGCCAGUCGAUAUCUGGGCCAUUGGUGUGAUCACCUACUUCCUUCUAUGUGGGUAUACCCCAUUCGACCGCGACUCCAACCUGGAAGAGAUGCAGGCCAUCCUCGCCGCAGACUACUCCUUUACACCACUGGAGUACUGGCGCGGCGUAUCACAGGAAGCACGCAACUUCAUUAAAGGCUGCUUGACAACCGACCCGACGAAGCGUAUGACCGCUCACGAGGCCCUGCAACACACCUGGAUCAACCCGCCGUACGACCAGUCGAAGAUGGGAUCCGGCGAGGACCUCCUGCCCACCGUCAAGAAGAAUUUCAACGCGCGUCGCACCCUGCACCGGGCUAUCGACACCGUGCGCGCUAUUAACAAGCUGCGCGAGGGCGGUGGCUUUAUGAUGGACGGGGUCAUGAGCAUUGACCCGAAGCCUGAGCGUGUCAAUGGCAAUGAAGUUGUUGAGGAGCAGCGCCAGGCAAACAAUGACGGUGCAAGAGAAGGGGGCAGCCCCAUGCAGAUUGAUAGUCGGGGCAAUGCGCGUGGCCAAUCGGAGGCGCAGAUCCAGGAGCAGGAACGGAGGGUUAAGGCGAUGGUUGCUGGCUUAUGGAGUCGUGGAGCUCAUGGCAAGUGA